AUGGAUCACAGUGCAGGAAUUCCUGUUGACCCGAUGCACAUCGAUCGGAAGCUUCUCUACACAAGCUUGGAAGAACGCAUCAAGUACCUUCACAGCUUCCUCGACUUCAACUCUGCUGAUAUCGAAGCAUUGAUGACCGGCAACAAAUACAUCAAGCAAUUGAUCCCCGCAAUCGUCAACCUGGUAUAUAAAAAGCUUCUUCAAUAUGACAUCACAUCUCGCGCUUUCCACACACGGACAACAGCCGAUGAGACCGAGCCCGAGGAGGAGUACCUCCACGAAGAGACACCGAAAAUCAAGCGACGCAAGAUGUUCCUGCGCUGGUACUUGACUCGCCUAUGCCAGGACCCGACCACAAUGGACUUCUGGCGGUACUUGGACAAAGUUGGCCUGAUGCACAGCGGAGUCGCACGCAGAACGCCACUGAACAUCGAGUAUAUCCACAUCGGCGCAUGCAUGGGGUAUAUUCAGGACAUCUGGAUCGAAGCGAUGAUGUCGCACCCCCACCUGUCCUUGCGACGCAAGAUUGCGCUCGUGCGUGCCGUCAACAAGAUCCUCUGGAUCCAGAACGAUCUCUUCGCUCGGUACCACUCGAGCGAUGGCGAGGAGUACGCGGAGGAGAUGUCUCAGUACAACUACUCUGACGAUCAGGAGGGUUAUCUUGGCGACAAGCGCAUUCUUGGAAGCGGCUCCAGUAGCUCGACCGAGGAUGACAGGUCCAGCAUUUCCAGUGGUAUAGCGCCUUCUAUAGAUAGUGCGGCGCCGAUGGGAAAUGCGGCAAAUAAUAGGUCCAAUGUGUCUGUGUGUCCUUUCGCGGACAUGGCCAAAAACAGCAAUUCGACUGAGACGAAGAUUUGGGCCAAUUGA